CUUCUUAAGUCUUGCUUUCGCCAUAAUAUUCAUACCUGUACAACAUAUCGCUGGAGUCGAGGCCGACUUGCAUCCGCGAUCGCCUAGCCUUGGAAUUUCGGCUCGAGAACAACUCCGGCGCAGAGGCUCCUUCUAGGCGGAGUGCUCUGACGCUGGCUCAUGGUCAUGCCAGAGUGCGAUGGAUUGAUGAGGGUAUUUUGGCCGAUCGAUAUUCCCACAUCUGACGUCCCAGGUGUCAUCGUCGGCUGGAGAAACUCAACCCUAGAUGUUGUCGUCGUAGCUGUCUUAGAUCAUGUCGAUCCAAGAAGUGUUGAAAAUGCUUUGAAGACGGGCAUUCUACUACGGAGUGCCCCUCAUCCAAUCCCCCGGAUAUUCGAGCUUUGCGGACAGUCGUCGAUGCAUGUUCUUGGCAUUACGAAUCACAUUCCCGAUUUCGAGCCGGACCCAUCAUGGGUACGGGCCACCACAAGGCCGUCGCAACGAGUGCCUAAGAUCACCUGUCCAAAAGCGUCGAGUAUACAGAUUACCUUAUUCGAGAGACCAAUUCCACUUCGGAUGCAAUAUAUAUCGCUAAAUCCCAUCGCGCUCUCGCUAGCUGAUAAGGAAGACCGUGCAUUGUAUCAUGCAUAUGAUAGUUCUGAAGCCGAAGACGAAAAACAGGACCAGAAGAAUAAGCAAAAGCGGCGUUUAUUGGUUGAUAAGCUGAAUAAACAUUCGGUUAUGAAGCAUGCUCCGUCCCAGAAAGACAGGGCGCUUGGCAGAAUUGUUAAUCAGAUCAACUGGGCAUGGGAAUUGGAACAUCUGCUGCAGAAAAAUGUGCCACUCAUUGGUACCCGUCCUAAGCGCACUCUCAGCGUAUCCGAACGAGUGGUGGAACAUGCCACAAAUAUGAGAGACUACGUGAUUCUGUGGAUAUGGGACAUGAUCAUUCUCUACGCGUUUCCUAUAAUCCGCAAGAUUUUCGUACUUUUCCUCCUUGGCCAUCGGAUCGCUGCCGAAGCGCUGUUGUUGAUAUUGGAGUGGAGAGCGCGGCCAAAUUCACCUGCGCUGAAAGACGUAUCUGCGACGGCCCAGCAAGUGGAGAUACGCCUCCAGCAGUUUUGCUAUUGGCCUAUGCAGUAUGUCAAGCUUCGCCUACGCAAGAACGACUGGGAUAGCGUUACCACUAGUCAUCCGGACUACAUACGCUUCUAUAAUAGUCUUUGGCUUGUCGCCAACGACGUCAUUAUGGGUAUUGCUCUUGGCUCGUACAUCAUCGACAACGCAGAAUGGGUAGCUGAUACGAUCAGCAUGCUCCUAGGAAGGUAUACUAUCGAUGCGCUUCAGAGUAGUAUAUCGUGGCUUAUGGGCUGGCCCGCUGGUCUGAAACUAAACAGUGAACUGGCAUUAUUCUUGGGCGACUUGUUCCUUUGGGUUAUUGAUCAUUGGUCAAGUUGCAUCGGGACUUUACAGCCCUUAUUGCCGCAUAUCGUUUGGUUCAUCGGCUUUUCUAGCUUUGGCGGUGCCAGCAUGCCUAUCGCCCUUUUCUCCGAUCUACUCUCAGUACUCACGAUCCAUAUUUAUUCCUUCUACCUGGCCUCGGCACGCAUAUUCCACUGGCAACUUACGAUCCUGCUUUCCCUUUUCCAAUUAUUUCGAGGCAAGAAAUACAACGUACUACGAAAUCGUGUCGAUGCAUGCGACUACGACCUCGACCAACUUCUCGUCGGUACCAUCUUGUUCACGCUUCUCUUUUUUCUGCUCCCCACUGUUGUCGUGUUCUAUCUCAACUUCGCCCUUGCGCGCAUGGUCAUUAUAUCGUUCAAGGCUAUUUUCGACACGCUGCUUUCUUGUCUGAACCAUUUCCCACUGUUCGCUUUGAUGCUUAGGGCAAAGGAUCCUAGGCGUCUACCGGGCGGCAUUCGUUUUGAACUUCGAGAUACCCCAGAUAGAUUUAGUAUUAAUUCCGCUACGUCACCCCUACCAGUACAUUCGCAACCUACCUCGGUUAUCUACCUUAAGCCUAUCCCUCUUCCAUUCACAGCUAUGUUUCGCCAAUACUUCCAGAUGGGUAGCCGUAUCCGCAAACAUUACUUAUCACCCCGGGUACUAUUCUGUUUAGUCACUGGCCGAUUUGUCCCUCCUAUCCAUCGAAAGGCCCUAUACUCUCUACAAUACAGCAUGCUUCCUGCGCGCCGAGCCGGUAUCAUGGAGAUGUGGGAGGCGUUGAAUUCGCUGCCUGCCAAGAAGCGGCCCGUGAAUGUUUAUCCUUAUGCGUUUCCAACAACUCCGACGCUUAAUGGAAGGAGGCACAUGAACGGGCGCAGCGGGCGAGGUUUUUAAUGAUGAACAGGGAAUUGGGGCGGCGGGGGUGUGUAUAGGGAUCGCGGCGUUAAAACGUGUACUAAAAUAGGAUAGAUGGGUAGAUCGGGCUCUGGUGACGGGUUA